AAAUACCACUCCUUUCCAGAAAGAAGCUCAGUCAAGACAAAGACAAUCGACUAAGGAGGACAUUUCUCUGCUAAAGUGAUUUUUGGGUUUGAGGUUGGAUUUAAAAUGAAAUUACUCCACGUCGUUAUUUUACUGGGGGUGAGUUUCUUGGGGUUUAGCUGGUCGGUGUGCCAGGCUCAAUCGACUACCCAGUCGACUACCUGUGUGGUGGGCGAUCCAGACAGGUGCCCCCCUCGUGGCGGUUGCGGGAGUGAAAACUUUUCGUGCCCGAAUGGCGGGCCCUUGUGUAAUAGAACGUCGCACUGUUGUCAGUGCGUUACAAACCAGUGUCAAGAUACGGCUGGCUGUAACUGGAUGUAUUGUCCGGAUGGGGAAACUCCUAAUUGUAUUCUCAAGAGGGAGGGGACACAGUGCGUCUGUAUUAAUGCUAAUUACUGCUCUCCAAGUAAUGACCGAGAAUGCCCGCAAGACAAAUUUCCUCGCAACAGUGUUGCAAAUUAUGACAGGAAUUGCAGUCAGGACGGAUCACAAGUUGCAAGGCUAUGUCGAGCUGACAGAUAUAGAGAAGAGUGCAUCUGUUCUCAAGCGUGCGCAACAGAAGCUGGUUGCCAACGCUCAAGUUUGUCGUGCUCAAGUUUCUUGUACCCUACUGACAAACCAUUUUGCAACUUUACAUCGAAUAACUGUCAAUGUGCUAGGAAUAAGCUACUUUUGUCGAAUUUAUAAGUGUCGGAAUACGAAUGACUGCAGUAUGUCCUGUCCGGUAGGAAAGACGGCAAGUUGUAUUCUCAAAAAGCUUGGAUCGGAAUGCGUCUGCAUUGACGAUAAUUAUUGCACAACAAACGGGACAGAAUUAUGCCCUUUCGCAAUGUUCAGUGGCGCAAGUUUUGCAACGUAUCACAGGUAUUGCUCAGAUAACCAAUCUCGAAUUCCCAGGCUUUGUAGGGCUGAUAGAAAUCGGGAAGAAUGUAAUUGUGCUCCAGGGUGUUACUACACCUCCGAUUGUGAUGAUGGAACACAAGCGACUUGCGAUACAGGAAUGCAUAUAGAAUGUAUAAACACCACGUGUAUGUGUCAUAAAGAGUGCUCAGAUGCUUCAGACUGCACAUGUAGCGGUUCUAAGAUAGCCCGUUGUAAUUGGGAUGGUAGUUGUUCUUGCGAGACUAUGUGUCAAUCUAAUGAAGAGUGCACAGCUCACCGAAAAUGUCCUCCUGGUAGGCGAAGCUGGUGCUCAGUAGAUCGUGUGUGCUCGCCCUGUCGUUUGGAGUGCAAUGCAGACCUUGACUGUUUUCGGGCAAACUGUUCAGCAAAUACGCCGUACAAAAAAUGUAUCAACCACCAUUGCGAGUGCUUGCAGUGUAUGGCUGACUCUGACUGUGCCUCCCAUACCUGCCCAACAAGUACCCCGUACAAGGUAUGUUCCGGAAACACUUGCCGUUGUAUUCAGUGUUUGGAGACAAGUCAAUGUUCUGAUUGCACUGGAUCGUCCAGGAAGCUGUGUUCGAGAGGUGGAGAUAGCAAGUGCUUGCAUCCCUAUGGAUGUGAAAGGAACUCUGACUGUGACAGAAGUAACUCGUACGGGUGCUCCUUUAUUUCCCUGGCCCCGGCAUGUUGUUUCCGUGAUUGUCAAGGGAUCAAUACUUGUCAGUGUUCACGUAAUCUCGAAGAUGUUCUGGGAUGUAGGGGUGGGGCAGAUACAAUUAUAUAUGACUGCUGAACAUCUUGUUGGUUCACCGCAUUCUUAGUGUGAGAACAAUUGCUGAAUAGAAAUUGUUUAAUCAAGGAAUUUAUCAAAUUGAACUCUACUCUCUUAUUAAACUCAACUUAAAAAUUAUGCUUAUAUUUAAUUAAAUUAUGGAUCAAUCACUACCUAUCAAAGGAUUAUUAAAUUUUUCAUUUAUUUGCAUAUAUCCCAAAGCAAUUUUUUAUGGACUAUACGCGUAGGUUGGAUUUAAUACUAUUGUUAAUGAGAAAGGUUCAACAUGGGUUGAAACCUUUCUCCGGUAUAUCAAAAUGUAAUGAGGGACGACAUUUUGUCAUUCAUAAGUUUGUUUGUGGAUUUAUGUACAUGUUUGCAAAAAUCUCGUAUAAAUUUCAUAUAAAGACAGGUCCGCCGAGAGGGAGGGUUGAUGCCACGCAAAUAUAUAAUUGGAACUAAUAUAUUGUUAUGGAUCGCUUUAAUCAUGCCCUCUCAUAGUGACUUGUUUUAAAUAACGGAUUUUAUUCAUAUUUUAUUCGAUUAUUUCCUGUUAUUAUCACAACUUCAUGUUAAUCAUCAUCAUAAUUGAUUUAUAUAAAUUGUAAUAACAUUGAACGUAAAAGUUAAGUGCACAGGAGUCAUACACAUUUGAUAUGUUUUAAAUAAACUAUUAUACACUUGGUAAAUAUAUUUAUUUGGUGACGAUGGUAUAAUUUCUAUGUAAUCUACAGUUAGAGGAGUAAGUUUCCGUACGAAAAUAUUCCAGCUUUUCAAUCCGUUCCCAUUCCUUCAUUUUCCGGUUUACGAUGCCGAAUUUUUUUGAAUGCGUGCUGAACUUAUCUGGAACACAAAAACUAUAACAAAUGUCCCGAAAAAAUUUUCGGAUUUGGCGCCAGAAUUUAAUUUCUACAUGCAAAUACAAAUCAAUGCGGAAAAAGUCUGCGUACCAUUUACAAUUAAUAUUAUUUUCGUAGUUAUAAAAAAAUAAAAAAAUAACCUAGUGAUUUGAAUGUCAUCCCCGUUAGGCUAAUCGAUCAAUAAUAUUAUGUGUGCUAUAACAUUGUAAACCCGGCUUCACUUUCCCCGAUCCAGAAAGUGAAGCCAGGUAUAGUUACACCGAUCCCACUGUGGAUCGGGGACUUGUGUCUUGACCACCAUGGAAUAAAGACUUCCACUUUCACUCGUCCCGGUGCUAACUCACAUCUUAUUAGUAUCGUCAUACAACCAUCCACAUACACACACAACUUAUUAUUUCUUCUUCUCCUUACUUUAACUGGUGACUCUGGAUGGUCCGAGGAUAUCACAUUCUCGAUAAACCGCACCCACAAUCCAAAAGGAGAAGCAAGAAGAAUUCACAUUUUGCAAAAUCUGUCCACCCUCCCACCCGAUACGCCAUUUUCAUCACAAACUCGUUUAGGAACAAAAUCCACCAAUACCAACACCAAAAUCCAAACAAAAAGGUCAACAUCCUCUGCAUGCCUCACCCGUCACACCCACUGGAUGGGUCACCAAUCCCUCACAAAAUUCGUCAUACAUGCACGCCCGUUCUCCACCUACCAUCUUCGCGUCUAUGUGGCACCAUAUUCCAAAUUACUGCAGUGAACCAAUUUGACAAAUUCCAGACUCAUCGAUCGGCUUCAACGACUCGGCCUCGAGACGUUCGUUCAUCGCCCCGGAAUUUCGAGCUCAAGGGCAUCUCCAAAACUCGCCAUCACUCCGCUUCUCUCUGCAUAAAUUUUGCAACAUGCAAUUACCAGAUCAAUUUCCUUUCUCCCGGAUUUACAAUACCAUUCACGACACCAUUGAUCGUCUGCCAUCACGCAAACCCACCGCAAAAAGUAUAAUAGAAGCCAAAUUUCAGACUCAUAAAAUAUUUGUUGCCCUCUGUACACUACCACUCCGUCGUACCACUACGGAACGGCUUCCUCCACACUAACUUUCCCCUACACGACGAGAAAUCUUUUGUUCCAUUAAGCGCCUCAUCCAUUUCGACCAGAAAUAAUUUCAAAUACUUCGUUACAACGAUUGGAAAUGAGAACGUCAUCUAAGCAUAAAAUUCCGUCGCCCAUAAAUGGCGUCAAAUACAUACGUUAUUAAAGCAAGUUCGAGCUACUCAACUCGUCAAUCGUGUGGCGCCGCGAGUUGACGAUGUCCGUUGCCAAGUAAUCCUUCAGUAUCGGAUAUCCAUGCACGGCAGAGGUCUGAUAGCACUAUGGGCCCUCAUAUUUACAGUUAUCUCUCAGAUUCCUGUCGAAGACGGACGGACAGCCUACAUAUACCCGGGUUCCCCACAAUGAUAAGAAAAUAAAGUACAUAAAGCAUCGCCUUCAUCCUACGUUAGAUAAUAACGGCCUCCCCCGCGCCCGUCCCACCGAUCGCCCAGACUUGGGGCACCGAUAAAAAUUCUUCGCAGGAAACCCAAGUAGUCAUAGGUCAAUAAGUCGACCACAAAUUCUUCGAAAACUUCGCAUAAACCACACCCCCGUAAGCUCCCCAGAGAUUUAUUUUUCAGUCCCACGCUUUUCAUGAAUCCAACUCCCAAUAUAUCUCCCUAAAUCACUAUUUUUAUAAACUGUACCCUCAAAAUAAAACUCGCCCUAAAAUAUAUACAAUUAUGUACAACCAAACGGAAAUUGAAACCCAAACGUAUUCCGCAAGCCGAAAAUUUUCCGUUUGAACAAUUGCCCCCCCAAGUAAACCCCCACUCCAAAAUAUAUACAUACAUAUGUACAACGCAAUGGAAAUCGAAACGCAUCCCUCAAAGGCCGCAAAUCCUGAAUUUAACAAUUGACCCCUCAAAGUAAACCCCCACCCCAAGAUAUAUACAUACAUAUGUACAACACAAUGGAAAUCGAAACGCAUUCCUCAAAGGCAGCAAAUCCUGAAUUUAACAAUUGACCCCUCAAAGUAAACCCCCACCCCAAGAUAUAUACAUACAUAUGUACAACACAAUGGAAAUCGAAACGCAUUCCUCAAAGGCCGCAAAUCCUGAAUUUAACAAUUGACCCCUCAAAAAACAAUAUUGCGUAAAUUAUAAGUCAUAGAUAUACAUAUCCCCCUCCUGUCCGAUGAGUACUCGACGCCCAAAAUUCGCUCUGUGAUUCCACUUUGGGUUUGGAAGUAAGAAAUCAUAAACGAAUUUGAUCGUCGUUAAUUUCCAAGCUUUGUAAUCAAGUGAAUGGAAUUUACUGGAUUUACCCGACCUUUUAUUUUCAGUCAUUUCCAUUAUAUUUAAGAUUCAUGCAGUACCAUUCAACCUUGUGAUUCCAAAGUAAACUCGAGUGCAGCGAGUUUUAUAGUGGUGGAUCACACAUAUCCUGCAUCAUUGUAUGAAUACCAAUAUUGAAUAGAAAGUUGAAUUGUACAGCAACUACGAUAUAUUGUAUUUAUUUCGUAUUUUUGCAAACCAUCUGUUACAUGGGAUACAGCACAGUUUUGUUCAUUUGGAUAAAAGCAGUUGACAGUGGAAGUCAACUUGUUAAGGAAAGAGCCGUUAGGCUAAUCGAUCAAUAAUAUUAUGUGUGCUAUAACAUUGUAAACCCGGCUUCACUUUCCCCGAUCCAGAAAGUGAAGCCAGGUAUAGUUACACCGAUCCCACUGUGGAUCGGGGACUUGUGUCUUGACCACCAUGGAAUAAAGACUUCCACUUUCA